AAGCGGUUCACCUAGAACUAUUGAAGGAUCUCACUUCUAACUCAUUUAUCCUCUGUCUCAGCAGAUUUGUUGGGCGGCGCGGCCCGCUCGAUCGACUCUACUGCGACAAUGCAACCAAUUUUGUUGGUUCCUCACGGCUGCUUCAGGAGAUGGCCUCCGAUGUCCGCAGCACACUGGGAACGUACGGCGUCCAUCACCAGGUUGAGUUCGUCUUCAUUCCGCCCCGGUCGCCUCAUUUCGGGGGCCUAUGGGAGGCCGCCGUCAAGUCCGCCAAACACCUCUUUUUGAGGGCCGUCGGAAACGCCUUGCUGAAGGAGGACGAAGUCCAGACGAUCCUGGUUGAAGUGGAAGCAGUGCUUAACUCGCGUCCGCUAAUAGCUGACAGCAGCAACCCUAACGACGGAGAGGCUAUUACUCCAGCCCACUUUCUGGUAGGCACCACGCUCGCUGCUCUACCCCCAGGAUCGGCACCUCCUCAUCCGGACGACGACCUAACUCAUCUACAACGCUGGCAGCUUAUAUCAGCCAUCAAGCGACGGUUUUAGCGAGACUGGACCCGUGACUACAUAGCUGGGCUGCAGCAAAGGGUUAAGUGGACAAAGGAAUCGGCCAACCUUCUACCAGGAACCAUCGUCGUCAUCAAAGAGGACAAUUUACCGCCCCAGAAGUGGCUGCUCGGCAGAGUCACCGAAGUAACGCACGGAUCGGAUGGCAAGGUGCGCGUUGCUCUAGUAUAAACCAAGCAAGGCGUAUACAAACGCUCAGUACAUCAUCUGGCACCUCUUCCCAUUAAUUGAAGGCCUACAGCGCUUCAACGCGGGCGAUGUUUGGUCAUCUCACUGUUUGUUUUGUUUUCUAUGGUCGUUGCGAUGCCGACUAUCGAAAGCUGCGAGCAGGGGCGUAGCACAGCUGAUAAUCGCUAAUAAAUUACCCCCUACAAGUCGGCAAGCAACGAUCAUACAACAAAAUACUAGAUUAAAAAACUACUAGAUUACCAUAAAAUACUAACUCUAGAUACCAAUGUAAUAGGGAAGAUCUGAAACGAGCGAGUUGGUAACAUUGUUGAAUAGAAAAAGCUCUUGAAAUAAACGCACAAUUUACAUA